AUGAAUUCAAAACGGGUAAAUAAUGUGAUUAGCCUUCUGAUUAACGAAAUAAAAACAAAUGAGCAGCCAGAAAGCGCAAAAGAAUUGGCCAAAGAGAAGGGUAUAAAUCUUGCCAACUCAUUUUUGAACAUUAGCCAUUCAGGUGAAAACCUCCCCUGUGAGAGGCCCAAACGGAACUGCCGAGCAGAAAAUGGGCAAACUGGGAAAACUGACCACAGUGUAAAUUCACAGGAGGAAAAGAAGACCACCCCAGAAAAAGGAAACCUGGACGAAGACAAACUGGACGGACAAAACCUUAACGAACACAACAUCGACGAUGACGUCAUCGGCGAAAAGGAAAAAGCGGCAUUGGAAUUUUAUGAUGAGCGCAUAGACAUUUUCGAAGAAGAAUACGUGAACAAAAAAUAUAGAUUCUGCACCAGAAACUGCGACUCGAGUUUGUGCUGUUGCGGGUGCUUCAUUCCCGUUUGCUACCAAAGUCAGAGGCACGAGAUCUACGUAAACCAGUACAGAAGUUUAUACGCGGUAAAUGUGCGGAUCGACGACAAGCGAGUUAUUCACGAGCACGAAAUAAACGCAGCGGAGAACCGCGGCGACGGCAAACGAGGUGAUCCCAAACGGCGUAGCGUCAUACGAAGCCAGCAGCACGGCGACCCAAAUAUCCCACCCCAGGCGGGAAAAGCGGAGAACCAAACAGAGCUUCCCCACCCCGAGUGCGCAGAAACCCCCGAAGGUGAAAAGAACGGGGAAGACGAAAAAUCACAAAUAUAUCACGCCGUUUUUUGCGAAAACUGCAAUAAUCAUGUUGCCUAUCUUGAAAUAAAAAAAAAUGUCUUCCAUUUUUUUGAUGUGCUACCUGACUGA